UAAAAUGUCAUUGUGGUACGCAAUCGGCAGCCCGACCGGCAAUAAGGUCCUUCGCUGCGGAGUGAGGAGUAGCGUGUGCUAUGGCCGCCCCAAAGAAAGUCUGCAUCAUCGGCUCCGGCAACUGGGGCUCUGCCAUCGCCAAGAUCGUGGGCAGCAACGCAGCGCAGAGCUGCAGGUUCGACAGCACAGUCAACAUGUGGGUGUUUGAGGAGACCGUGAACGGCCGCAAGCUCACCGAAAUCAUCAACGCCGAACACGAAAACGUCAAGUACCUGCCGGGACACAAGCUGCCCCCCAACGUGUGGGCUGUUGCAGACCUGGUGGAGGCUGUGAACGAGGCAGACAUCCUGAUCUUUGUGAUUCCGCAUCAGUUCAUCGGAAAAGUGUGUGACACCAUUAAGGGAAGAAUAAAGCCGGACGCCCUGGGGCUGUCCCUCAUUAAGGGUGUGGACGAAGGUCCCGACGGACUGAAGCUCAUCUCUGAUGUCAUCCAGGAGAAGCUGGGCAUCACCAUGAGCGUGCUGAUGGGAGCCAACAUCGCCAACGAGGUCGCUGACGAGAAGUUCUGCGAGACCACCAUCGGCUGUAAGAACAAGGAGCAUGGAGCCCUGCUGAAGGAGCUGAUGCAGACCAGAAACUUCCGGAUCACGGUGGUGGAGGAGUCAGAUGUGGUGGAGAUCUGCGGAGCGCUGAAGAACAUCGUGGCGGUAGGCGCGGGGUUCUGUGACGGCCUGGGCUACGGGGACAACACCAAGGCAGCUGUGAUCCGUUUGGGGCUGAUGGAAAUGAUCGCUUUCGCACGGAUCUUCUGCACGGCGGGGCCCGUCUCCUCCGCCACCUUCCUGGAGAGCUGCGGGGUCGCCGACCUCAUCACCACCUGCUACGGCGGACGCAACCGCAAGGUGGCUGAGGCCUUUGUCAAGACCGGGAAGUCGAUUGAGGAGCUGGAGAGGGACAUGCUGAACGGGCAGAAGCUACAGGGUCCUGCUACAUCCGCCGAGGUCCAUCACAUCCUCACCAUGAAGAACAUGGUGGACAAGUUCCCCCUGUUCAACGCUGUGUAUCAGAUCUGCUACCAGAGUCACCCCGUCACAGAGUUCAUCAGCUGCUUACAAAACCACCCCGAACACAUGUAACUGACCAAUCACAGUGCCCAGGCCAGGAAGGAGGGCUGGGAAGAGGGUCCUUUUAACAGUCACACUUUUUCUAACAUGAAAUGAGCACCUAAAAAGGCUGGGACACUGGACUCUAAACUGUGUGGGGUGACAUGCCUACAUCCUGACCUCACCAACAUGGCCUCCUACAGGACACUCUCUGUCACAUAAUCACUGUGCCUGCGAUGUCACUUCCUUUGUCUGGUUUAUACUGUUUGUAUGGACAUUGAGUAAACCCUUAUUUGUAAGCCGCUGGCAUGAGAGUGAGUGCAGGAGAGAAAAGGCCUUCGCUGUAUGCAGUGUGUUAGAGAC